AUGCAGUGGCACAACUAUGCCCGCGAGUACACCUCAUCUCAACGCGAGAUAAAGUCGGGAAGUUGGCGAGAUAGCACCCCUCGCCUUCUCCAGGUUCUCGUCCACUCCAUUUACUUUUCACCGAAGACACUCAGGAGUUUUUCUGGGCUGGGGUUAUCCAUCGGGGUAAAGAUACCCCGGAAGACAGCCACACUUUAUUCAGACGUCAUCUCUCCCGAGCUAGUCCAAGAGGAAACGCUAACAGAAAGUUUAAUUGAACAGGACCAAGGUAGGAAGGUACAGAUCACGAUGAGGAGUCUAUUUUCCUUACUGUACCCCCACUCUUGUUACCGGAAUGUUUCUGAGUGCAAAAUAUUCCUAGCAGUGGUCGAUAGAAAGCAAAAGAUGCACAAGGUUUAUGAAGCUCUUCUAGACCUCGACUACUUACUGGGACCUGGGCAGAGUUAUCUAGCUGUGUUGUCACCCAUCAGAGCUGACACAUCGCAAGCUGUUUAUGCUCCUCUAUCCCUUAUCACAGAUAUAGGUAGAGCCCCGUCUAUAGCACAGUCCCAUGCAGCGACUUUAGCUUUGUCCAUUAGAUCUGUUUACCCUACACAAGAGACUCUCAGUCGGUUUCCGAAGGAUUUGAUGGUCAGACUCGAUAAGCUAAUCGACUUCUCACCUGUAUCCAAGCAAGAUCUAUUCAGCAGGCCAGAGAAACGUGCAAUUACAGAAAAACCUGAGCCAAACGUUGGUAUGGAAACGCUGCAUAGUACACACCUUAGAGGACAAGUCGACUCCGGUGCACAUUCGGCUAUUCUGCCCACACUAUCUGCAUAUACAAAGCCACAUGGCUCAGAACUUGCCCCUGCAUCUCCAUACCUUAAUGUCCCAGAAGCUGCUCUGUCUUUACCACCUAGCCUACCAUACUCUUCGACCCCUCUUUCAUACACAAAUAUUGGAGCUAAUCCCUUGGCUGCACUGCAAGGCACUACAUUACGGCAGUCUAGCUUACCUUCUAGCGUUCUUCAGCGCGCUCAAGCUCCACCUUUGAUACCAAAAAUAGAUCCUGCCAGUCUUACACAACUACUGGAACAAGAGUAUCUUGCCCGCGAGACUACAAUCUAUUUAUCAAUAGUGUCAGCAUUUAAAACAAAAAACAUAGAGAGGCUGCUGUUUAUUUUCGGCUUUGCUCCGACUUUUGUUCCUCGAGAUAAUAUUUCCUCUCACACGAUCUCUCAGUAUAUUAACUUCCCUCUGGAUAUUAACAGUGUUUCCUACUCAGCCCCCUUGUGUGCGUCCAUGAGCGAUGCGCCAAUGCUAAUGCAGCAGAGUGUCCGCAUGGUCCUUACGCAGACAGACCAACACUGCAAUACUAUACUACACCUCCUGAUGCAAACAUUCCCGAGCACUAUGAUUAUGGCCGACAUGAAUCCGCUGCGCUUGUUCCCGUCAUUGGGGAAUCUUACUAUCGUUGAGCGCUCGGAGCUUGUUACAGAAAGACCGAGGCAAAAGACACUAGAUCAAGAUAAAGAUAACGACAGUAGCGAAUCAAAUAGGUCCAGCGUGAGCACAGAGAACAAUCCAGCCAUGACACUAACUGAAGUUCUAGACUAUAUUCUGGGCACGUUCUUAGAUAGGCUGUCAGAUCUCCUUAUUCCUGUAAAAGGGAAAGGGGGAUCUCCACAUGAUGUAGGUUUAUUCAGUUACAGCUCUAAUAUUUAUGGCUCUAUGGGGGAUCCAACUUCGGGGUCCUAUACCAUGUCGCCGGAGGCUUUUAAGCUGCUCUGCGAGCUCCUUGAUAUUCGUAAUAAUGUGUUCUUUCAAAGAACUGUUGUAUUCGCGUUGUUUAAUAGCGAACUCGAGUACCCCUCAUUAAUAGCGUCCGGUUUGCAAAGUGAUGACAGCAUUCUUUAUUUUCCUCUGCCUUAUAACAACAAUGAACAGUCACACAUUGAGAUAGAAAACACACUACGCUUUAUGGGUCUUUAUUUAGCCUUUUUAUAUAAAGCAUUGCACCUAACCAAUCUAUUCUCCAACUGCAAGACUGAAGACGGCGGUUUUGAACAGUUCGCAGCAUUUUGCGAUGGAAGGAAGGGCACCACCUCUGUAUUUGAAGAAGAUAUUGGCCUCAAAAACCCUUUUGGUGAGGGGAAUCAGCUGCUGCAGGCAUCUACCGAUAACAAUACAGAAUUGCUCAUAGAAGGAGUUAAAAACCAAAAGGUAUCGUUGACGUCUGUUCUUUUUAACCUUAAGAACAUCGAAGGGCAUGUCUUUCAAGAAGAACUGUCAAACCACAAUAGAUACCAAAACGUUCACAGCGUCACACGUGCAGCUAAUUCUCUUUCCUUACAGAACGUUCUAGACGAGUUAGGAUAUGGUCCUGACCCGGCGUCGAUCGAGGAAGGUGGGAACAUCUAUAUUUCUGAGUCGGGGGACCUCAAUGCAUAUAAGAUUCCGGCCAUUGCAUCUGUUAUGCAGAAGGGUAUUCAUGUUUUAUUGCUAACGAGUCCUGACGAUGCUCACAGUUCAAGCAUAUACAAGAUAUUCUCUUCCUACAAUCAAAACGUCUUCCCGUGCAGUAACACUGAGGAGCUGUCCGUGUUUAUCAGUGAAAAAACACCCUUAGGAGCAGUUCUUUCAAAGGGUGUCAAGCUAUUGCGGGCAUGCGCCACCCUUGCGGAUAUUACUCUGACAACUUUGCACCCCAUGGUACUUUACCCCGUGCCGGUACCUUCUGCUGCACACGCAGAAGUUUUUGAUGAGGUCUGUAAGGACGGAGCGCGGGCUACGUCUCUGGGUCUUGUUGCCCAGAUUGUAACCUGUAUCGCAAAGGGGUCUAUAGAUGACAUUCUAUCGACUAAGGAUGCGUUGUACGAAAAGCUAUUCGGUACACCAGCAUGGCUAGCUAUCACCCAGUGCUAUUGUAGCGGUAUGCUAUCAUGGUUAUGUCUUUUUACAGGCUCUAUGUCCACUCAACAGAGUGCCCAUACCACCACUGUAUUGAAUAGCAAAAGACUCCAAGGCACUCCUGUACAUGGGAACACUGCAGUCUCACUUGCAUUUGGCCCACUAACCGUGUCAACACCAGUCCAAGAACAUCUCACACUUACAUUGAAUUCAGGUGCUGCAACUACUAUAGACAGCCCCUCACAGACAGAUUUAACCUCUAGCGUCACCUUGCGAUCCAUAAAGACGUUCGAGUUAGUGAUAAAUCAAGCCAUUAAGACAUAUCUUAGAGCGCAAUCCGUUAUUCCAUUGGCUGCCAUGGUGGUCCAUACAGAAGUACUACCAUCUGAGAGGAUAUUGCGCGCACCACUUUAUCUCAUCUACCCUUCAAGUGAGGACAGAAGCAGACUUCAAGAAAUAUCUCGGAUGCUGCUAUCAGAGACACCCUCAAUUACUCCAUCUAUAGAUGCCCUAAAGGUAGAUGAAAGGAGGAACUUAUUCUCAAUUAAGCACGCCAGCAACAGAUCUAUUCUAUCUCAGGAGAAUCACGCAACAAAGGACUUACUCUUGUCACGCCACAUCCUGACAGAGCAUAAUACAGAGCCAAAGACUCCCAAGAAGGCGAAUAGAAAGAAUAAGAAUCUCAAGAUUGACACAGACAAGAAGCAUAGAACAGCUACAUGCUGGGGAUCUAUAUCUAUUGGACAAUACAUAUCAGAUUCAUAUGUGGAGGCUAGCAACCUCUUAGACGUACAACUGCAAAUAGUUGUUGGCGGAAUUCCAAUUAAGGACAGUAAAAAAGGCAAAACAUUGACCCUCAGAAACUUGCACAUACUGAACACUUGGCGUACUAUAGAGAUAGCUUCUACAAACCCUUUUCUGUGUGCAUUAAAGGCCUGCAAAUGCGUAUACAACUACAUGUAUUAUCACUUUUACAAGCAGGGCAAUAUCCCAAUGCCAAAAAUAGAGUACUGUGCAUCCCCUUCUGGAGAUGACUAUAAAUGGUACACAAAUCCCUCGCUAGCUCAAGAGAAUCCCACGACAGAUCGAAACGAAAAGCUUUCACACCGCCGUAGUACAUCUACAAAACACUCCUCUAGACUCACUGAGCAGGCAUCAAUCUCUACUACUGCAAACCAAAGUUCUAUUACCAAGAAAAAUAGGCCAUGUGAGCUAAAAAUAGACCUAGGUACUAGACAGAUAAAGCCUACAACUGUUGUACUAGCCGAAUCGUCUACGAUGGAAGAUUGUGAGAUAUCGCAUAAGGACUCUGAGUCCCAAAAUGUCAAGGGUUGGAGAAGCACGUUUCCCGAGGAAAAAACGCAAUCAGAGGUCCAGUCAUGCACUAGUAUAAGCACGUCGACCACCGACGUUCAUAACAUGGCUACUUGUACAGGAACAAGUGCCGUGCCCGAAGCGACACUCCUGCAACACCUCGAGAGUGCUAGGACAACCUUAGAAAACAAGCCUUCUCUUAACUCUGCACAGGGGGCUACUAGCCCUACAAAAACACCUAAGUCCAAGCGAUUGAACAUCCAACUAUCAAUAAGAAGGAGCAACGCUAAGAUAACCCGCGAGACCAGGCAAAGAGCUAAUUCUACCACUUUCAGCGGACACUCAAAAACAAAUAGUAACACAAGCCUUGUCCCUGCACAUAAUCCCGAGCAACCGUGCCAGAUACCUGUUUCAGACGAGUACGUUCAGGAGCAGUAUCUUCAUACCUUUAUCGGAAUAAAGGCCAAGACGAGCGACAUAAUACUAAGACCAGAAGUCUCUCUCCAGCCAUAUAUUCGUCUUCCAUCUGCCAGGGUUGAUGGAGACUUUGAGGAAACAUUGAAAUACAUUCCCAGCGAACUUGUUAAGAAGUGCGUGCUUCCAGGCGCUUUAAAAGCCGCAAAUGAUUGCCUUCAGCGUGAAAUACGGAUUACCAGCAAAAAGCCACUUGUUGUCCAGCUGGACCAACUUUCAGAGCCUAUUGUUGCCCAAACUAUGACCAUAAAAAAGAGCACUAACGAUGUUAUUCUUUUCGGAGUUUUCGGUUAUUCCUUUAAUAAUUGA